AUGUCUGACCCAAUAUGCCCCGCGCCGGAUCGAUUGUCUGAUGCAAAGGCGCCAAUGGAGACUGACACUGUCAUUGUCGGCAAUGGGCCGUCGGCCAUGAUCCUUUCCUAUAUCCUUCAUGGUCAUAUCCCUUUCUACUCGUCUGACCCUCCACAUCCCGAUCACCUCUUAGACGCCAAAUUGAAAGCCGCGCCGGACCUUUUGGAUGCCGACGUCAAUUCCCUUACUGCGCAUUUUGACGCCUCGCGCCUGUCAUAUUCAACACAGGCGCUCCCCAUCAAUGUGUUAUUAGACACGCUUGUACGGCCAAGCGUAGAUGUGGAUGAACCAGGCUGUAUUUCCAAUGUCGAGUGGCGCUCUCAACCUGAAAAGGCCGUGCCACACCUGGUUUUUGGGAAACCGUCAAGCCCGGGUGGUCAGUGGACAGAAGACCCUUUGGGUGCCAGUUGGGACAUCCAAACCUUGAGUUAUGCGGCAAUGCUGUCUUUGCCCGGCUACUCCUUUUCUGAUCAUCAUAUGAAGACAACAGGUGAGGAGCUGCCUGCAUAUACGAGGCCCACUAGACGCGAGAUUGCGGAGUACUUUGCAACCUAUCCACAGGCUGCCCUGAUCGAUGAUUCUUUUCGAUGCGGGGAAGAGUUGAAAGAUAUCUCCCGCACCGCCGAUGGAUUCUACAUUCGAUCUCAUAAUAUUAAGUGCAAACGACUCGUCCUGGCAAGUGGCAUAUUCUCGGAAAUCCUUCCACCAGAGCCGCUGCUACGACCUAUCUUACAUACCAAAUCUACACCCUCCCUCCCGCUUCUCGUCGUUGGAUCGGGCUUUUCCGCCGCGGACUCGAUUAUCUCCGCUUUGCCAGACCAAAAAAUCUUGCACAUAUUCAAGUGGUCUCCCCAUGAUCGCCCGUCUCCUCUUCGGGGCUGCCACCAGCAAGCCUACCCCGAGUACGCUGGUGUCUACCGUCUUAUGAAAAAGGCCGCACUUGCAGCCGAAGACGCUGGCAAAGGCCAGCGACCCAAAUACCGGCGCGCCACCUCGACCCCAUUCCUCGAAAGUCGCAAUUGGGAAGAAUUAUACGAAGGUGUCUCCAACGUUGAAAUCACGAAUGUGGACAUGCACGAUGACCUGGCUACAGUCAUAUUCCGCCGCCGGGACGGAUCUGUCUUUUCUCGGUCUGUGCGCGGCCUUGUCUAUGCCGCCGGUCGUCGAGGUACGCUGGAUUAUCUUGAUCCCAAGCUCCGCUGUGAAGUGCUGGGGCAAAGCGAUCAAGAUCCAGUAGUGACAGGUCAAACGCUCCGCGCAAAAGCCAUUGAGGAUCUCGAGGUUACUCCCGGUGUUUAUAUCAUCGGGAGUCUAACCGGAGAUUCUCUGGUGCGCUUCUCUUACGGCGGUUGUGUCUACGCUGCUGGGCAUCUUAUGGAAGGCGAGCGGGACACACGCAGCGUCUGUAGCAGUGUCGUCUCGACUGCCAAACUACACGGCUCCUCACUUUCUGUUAUGAACGGCAUGGAUGGCCACCUUGUCUAUCCGACCGGGGAUGCCUCGGAACUGACCCGCGAAGACACAUUCAGUAAGAUGUCCACGGUCACCGAUCAGCCUGCUGUACGUGGCUGGUGGAAAACACUGACACGUAUGUGGAAUGACAUCCUACGAUAA